UUGGCAUGGUGCUUAUAUUAUGGGAAGAGGGAAUAAAAUUUGGUGCUGUUUGUAGAGGUGAUAACACUGAUAGAAUCCAGUCCUUACUGAAAGAAGAGUCGGUGAGGCAUAGAAGAGAAUGCAUGAGGAGAGGAGGAAGAAUCACAGGUAUCCUCAGAAACACCCUAGGAGGGGAGAGCUUAACAGGAGUCUUGAAGAAAAAAACGACUAACAAGAAACUAAGACUGUGAACUCUAUGAAGACUGGGUUAUGUCUAUUUUGUUCAUCAUUUUAUCUCCAGAGCUUAUUACAGUACCAUAAAACCUGGUCCCGGCACACCUGGAAAGUCCUGCGAGGACUCGGCUACCGAAAGUCCAGAGACAGCAAGUAAAACCCUUCAUGACCCUCGAUCACGAGAUCAUCAACCAGACUCUGAAGCGGUCCUACCCUCCGACGUCAAGCAGUGAGCUUCCGCUGCAGUAUGAACACUCAUCUCCUGACAGUGAUGCGGACUUCGCGGGAAAUCAGCUCACCAAGCUGCUAAUUCUUGGGAAAGAAGACAACACUGUGGAAUGGCAUUUAUCUGGAAGUAUUUUGGAUGUGUAUAGUGGCGAGCAGGAAAUUUCACCAGUUAACAUGGGCCUUACAAGUGCUUCCUGUCCAAGUGCUCUACCAACGAAAAGAGAAAUUACAGAAACCGAUACUCGAGCUUUGGCAAAAGAGAGACAGAAAAAGGACAACCACAACCUCAUUGAAAGAAGAAGAAGGUAUAAUAUUAAUUACCGAAUCAAGGAGCUUGGCACUCUUAUUCCAAAGUCUAAUGACCCUGAUAUGCGCUGGAACAAAGGAACAAUUCUAAAAGCAUCAGUGGAGUACAUCAAGUGGCUACAAAAAGAACAACAGAGAGCCCGAGAAUUAGAACACAGACAGAAGAAAUUAGAGCAGGCUAACAGGCGACUUCUACUCCGAAUUCAGGAACUAGAAAUACAGGCUCGUGCUCAUGGUCUGCCAACCCUGGCUUCACGUGGCAUGGUUGAUUUAGGUGCUCAUGUCACUAAACUGCAGACCCAUCUUGAGCAAAAUCCAGUGGACUAUUGCCAGCAAGUGACUCUGUCUCAGGGAACAAGCCCUGAGCUCUGUGAUCAAGCGAUGGCUUUCUCUGAUCCUUUGUCACACUUCACAGAUUUAUCAUUCAGUGCUGCUUUGAAAGAAGAACAAAGAUUGGAUGACAUGCUACUGGACGACACAAUAUCUCCUUUUGGAACAGAUCCUCUGCUAUCGGCCACGUCCCCUGCAGUUUCCAAAGAGAGCAGUAGAAGAAGUAGUUUUAACUCAGAUGAUGGUGAUGAGUUAUAAAAAGUAAACACACUCAACUCAUUGACUAGGAACCAAUUCUAUGCUGGUGCUAUGCAAUUAUAUUGUGUGUUUCAUGUAUUGAUUUGGCUUCAUUUUUCUGAAAAGAAUAUCUUGUUCAUGAGAAACCCAUUGGUUAAAACUACAGAAGAAUGAAUUCACAGGAAGAAAUAUGGCGUUGAAGAAUUAUUGAGGGCUAAAAAGAUUUUUUUCUCUUUGUCUACAGAAUCCAGAUCUACUUAAAUUUUGUUUUCCUAGAAAGAGGUACAACUUAAGAAAUGGCUCUCCACUUGAUGAUGUACUAUUGGAACUGACACAUGGCAAAGAGUAAACCUACAAAUGUUUUCUUAGUUUUUCACUUCCAUCUCCUUCCUAUUCAGCUCAUAAAACAUUACUUUUCCAGAAUCAAUAUCAAUAGAUCCAGUGGUUCAUUUCUCCACUGCCUGGUGACCAUGUUGUCUAAAGUUUAAUUUUAUAUGGAAAAGAUACAUUAUCUGUCACUUGUAAUUGAAAAGUGAACCUAUGGUAAACAUUAAAAAUUUCCACAAUAAAAUACAGAAAAUUUAUUAAAAAUCUUGCUUUCUAAAAUUAGACCCUGAUUUCUUUAGUCAAUUUAAUUAUACAAAUUCUAAAAACAUCAUUAUAUAUUUAUGGAGCCAUGCUCUGUUCAGAAAAAGCGGAACACAGUGAAUAUUUUCCUCAAGAAUAUGGACUGGAAUUUUAUCCCUUCACACAAACAUACCCGCCCCCCCAACACACACACACACACACGCACACAAUGCAGGUAGAAUGUGCUUUUUUCCCCUUCACUCUUCUGAUUUUCUUGUCUGCAUCAGAAAUCAUAUUCUGAAUUCUCUUCAUCAAAAUGUGAUGUUAGAUGAUGAAGUCCAGCGAAUUAACUACAAACUGUUCUGCUACUAGGACAAUUGGUCAGGUAUUUAAAACUGUGUCCAAUAUUGAUUUCAAUUAAUUAGUUGUUGAUAUAGUUUUGCUCCAACUUAAGAAAAUAUUGAAAAUUGGACUGCCACCUGACAAAACAAUUCGUAAAACAGAACUUUUAUUACAUUCAACUCUGAGUUAAAGUUCUAUUCCCGUAAGUACUUAGAGUGCACUAUGAUUUUUUGCUAGCUUUGUUAGCAUUUAUUAAAAAUAUUUAUAUUUAUGGUACUUUACUCGAAUUUCCUCUCUUGAGCUUGUUUUAGGAUUGGUAGUUGACUUACCAAGUCUGUUGCUCUCUGCUGGCCCUCCAUGAGUGGUCUUUUCAUCAAUGAGUAUUUAUGGAGCGAUACUCAAAGCUGCCGUAGAUCCUGUGAAAAUGUCAAACGAAUAAGCCAGAUAUUGCUUUACUCCUUGAGGAGUUAACAAGACUACAUGAAAAACAAAACAAAAAAUAGAAUCCAUAUAGAAUGAAAGUCUACAUGGGACAACAUAAGG